AUGAUUUCGUCAAUGCUUUGUGGACUUGCUUUUUUGCACGAAGAAAUACCAAAUGGAUCUGAUCCUAAGCCAACAAUUGUACAUAGAGACUUGAAAAGUAAAAAUAUUCUUGUUAGAGAUGAUUUGACUACUUGUAUUACUGACUUUGGGUUAGCACUUAAAUGUGAAUCUUCAAAAACUAUUUCGCCUGGACAAAAUCUUUUACAGGUUGGUACUCGUCGCUAUAUGUCCCCAGAAGUUUUGGAAGGAGCUACAGAAUUUACAAGUUUUGCUUUCCAACAAAUAGAUGUUUAUGCCGCUGCUUUGGUAAUCUGGGAAAUAUUAUCAAGGACUUGUAUUAAUGAAGAAAAUAAGGAAGAAAAUGUUGAAAAUAAAGUAACCGAGAAUUGUGAAAAUAUUCGUUUAACAUCAACACCUCCACCAUUUAUGCUUCCUUACGAAGCUGAAAUUGGUACAAACCCUUCUCUCAGCCAAAUAAGGGAACAUGUAGCUUUGCGUAAAUGUAGACCUCGUGUUAGACCAGCAUUAAUGGACAAUGAAAUUUCGACUUGUAUUGUAAGGACAAUGUCAGAGAUGUGGGACCAUGAACCGGUACUCUAUUGA